UGUCAUAUGUAACCGUGACUUGAAGUGGUACAGACGGUACCAGACAGAAAUCGUAUCGGGUAUAGUGGAAAAUAUACGCCAGUUAUGACUGUGCCACUGAAAAAGCCAUUAUGCUGUGAUGUGCAAUUGCUAGAAGUUGGAUAAGUCGUGGAAGAGAUUAAAGUCCCUUUCAGGGCACACUUUUAGACUUCACGGAAAGUACAUGCAGGCAAAUAAGGAGAUUCAGCGCCGGUUAAGUUCAAUUUGACUGAAGCAAAUAGCCCUUCAGUGCGCGCACACUUACAAUGAAGGAAUGCUGUCUCACGUCUCUCGGUUUUCUCAUAUACGCUUCCUGCUAUGCCGUGCCAUACUUCGUGUCGUCCAAAAAGGUUGCUGACCUGUUGGUGGACGGGUCUGGACAAUACGUGUACGGACUGGACGUAACCUUGGCCGUAUACUGGUACAUCCUAGGGGGAGUAUUUGCUGGGCUGUUGAUAGCGGCGGGACUUGUUUUCUGUAUAGUGAAACAGUUUGGGGAAAGUAUACAGACGAAAAUACGCCUUCCCAUUCUGCUCUACUGGAUUUUCUCCGUGCUCCCGUCUGUUAUAUUACUGGUCUUGUCAUACAAGGUCUACGGUAAGACUGUCCCUUGUGACGUCAACACAACUGUGACGUGCCAAGUCUCUGGAGCCAAUGAGCACGCUUUGGCACAUUCGAAGUUCGAGGCAUUCGACGCUUACUCGGUCAUGGUGGUCCAUUUGAUUCUCGUGGUACUGGUGGGCUGCGAAUGGUUUGCCAAAUUUAAAGAAAACGACUAUGAAAUGAAAUACAUCUUCUUUGCCGAAUGUGGAGCGGAAUUUCUCCCCAUUUACGACAUUUCGGAAAUGUGGAAUCUUCUAAUGCAGAAGGAAGUGCUCUUAAAUGACAUCCUUUUAACGGUAGUCGUAAUAUCCGGUGUCACCAGCAUGCUGAGAUUUGUCCCCACGCCGCAGAAAGUUGACGAAUCCGGUGAACUUCGACCCAAGAGAGUUCACGUUUUAGUCUACCUACUUGGACACGAACUACCGUUCUUUAUCAUACGAGUCGUGGUCGUGGUGCUAAAUACUAGCAAGACGAUAUUACCUUGGAAUUAUUUAAUUUUUAUAAUGAAAAACGGGCUGUUUAGUAUUUCGUACAUGUUGCUGUUAUGUUUGUUGAACCAAGCUGCACCUGUAAGCACUCAAGCUUGAGCAACGUCAUUCACUCAUUUUUUAUAGAUAUGUAUUUUUGCAUGUCUAGCUGUCUAUGUUAAACACUAAGAGCUAAUGCUGUUCAAAAUAGCAUGUCAUCUAUUUAUUUGCUCAACAUUUGGUGUAUUCCAGGAUUUUUCAUUAACUGUUUAACAGAUGUAUUAUCUUUGUAGGAAGAAAGUAUUUUCGUGUGUUUGUGUG